AUGGAAACUGAUUCGGACUCCGACGGCUCUCACGUCUCCGCCACCCCUCCCAGAGACUCUAAUCCUCCGUCGCCGCCAUCAUUAUUGAAACUUCCUCGGAGGACUCUUUGCAACUCCUCCAAAUCCAAAGUUAGAGUCAAACCAUCCUCUCGCUCAGAAUCCGAAAAAACAACUAAACCUACACCCUCUCAACCGGACCCACGGCCACCCAACCCUACUCCCCUCCAAACUCUACCCUUCCAGAUUCGCCGUCCAUUCACUCAAAAUUUCUCGACCUCGGUCACCGAUUCCCUCGAAACCGUUCCAGCUGGCUUCUUCUCAAAACACGCGUCCUUCUCAAAAAUCCAUAAAACCUCUCUCAAUUUCGAAAAUGACCAAUCUCUCCCUCCUCCAUCUAAUCCGGAAACUUCUGAAAUCAAAAGUGAUGUUGUCAAGGUGAAGAAACAGAUUAAUUUGGUCAGCGUGGAUGUGCCUUUGCCGCCGGUGAAAUUACGAAAAUCUAGCGGAGAAGGUAACUUCGUGAGGUUGAAUUUGACUCGCGGGAAACGUAAAUUCGUUAACAAAGGUACAAGAACCAAAAACAGUUAUGCAUCAUCCUGUGGUAGGAAAUCUUAUAGGAGAAGUAAGUCAAAAUUAAAUAAAAAGGAACAGAAAAAUUUAAGUGGUGAAGAAGAAGAUCUAGUAAUUGAAGCCGCGCAACAGAAUCAAAAGAAAAGAAAAUUAGCAAGUGAUUUAGUUGAUGAGGCAGUGAAAGCAGUUAAAAAUGAGGCGUCUGAUGAGAAUCUAGUGAGCUUGUUGAAGCUUGUGUACGGUUAUGAUUCAUUUCGUGAUGGACAGUUGGAGGCAAUUAAGAUGGUGCUUGAAGGAAAAUCAACGAUGCUGGUUUUGCCAACUGGUGCCGGGAAGUCGUUGUGUUAUCAGAUACCGGCGAUGGUUUUACCAGGAUUAACUCUGGUUGUCAGUCCGUUAGUAGCGUUAAUGAUUGAUCAGUUGAGACAGCUGCCUCCUGUGGUUCGAGGCGGUCUUUUGAGUAGCGGUCAGAAACCUGAAGAGGUUACUGAGACGCUGAGGUUGCUUCAAGAAGGUGUCAUAAAGGUGCUUUUUGUUUCUCCAGAAAGGUUUCUAAAUGCAGAAUUUUUGUCAAUAUUUUCUGCUACUUUGUCUAUAUCAGUUAUUGUUGUGGAUGAAGCUCAUUGUAUAUCAGAAUGGUCACACAAUUUUCGGCCCUCGUACAUGAGGCUUAGGGCGUCUUUACUUCGAGCAAGACUCAAUGUUGAGUGCAUUCUUGCAAUGACUGCAACUGCCACAGUCACUACUUUGCAUGAUGUUAUGUCUGCUUUAGAAAUCCCAGCUAGCAAUCUCAUUCAAAAAGCCAUAUUAAGGGACAAUCUACAAUUAUCAGUAUCUUUGAGUGGAAACAACAGAACGAAAGAGCUGCUAAGGUUAAUCAAUUCUUCUCCCUUCACGGAAGUUCAAAGUAUUAUUAUAUAUUGCAAAUUUCAGUUUGAAACUGAUCUUAUAAGCAGAUACUUAUGCGAUAACAAUAUCUCCGCAAAGAGUUACCACAGUGGAAUCCCUGCUAAGGAUCGCAGCCGUGUACAGGAUUUGUUUUGCUCUAACAAGAUCAGAGUGGUCGUUGCAACUGUGGCAUUUGGCAUGGGACUUGACAAGAGGGAUGUUGGAGCGGUAAUUCACUACAGCAUGCCAGAAAGCUUGGAAGAGUAUGUUCAGGAGAUAGGACGUGCUGGACGAGAUGGGAGGUUGUCCUAUUGUCAUCUCUUUUUUGAUGAUAUCAUAUACUUCAGGCUCCGUAGUCUUAUGCAUAGCGAUGGAGUAGAUGAAUAUGCUAUAAACAAAUUCCUCUGUCAAGUUUUCUCGAAUGGCAAGAAUUCCUGUGGGAAAAUUUAUUCAUUAGUCAAGGAAUCAGCCUCUAGGAAAUUUGAUAUGAAGGAAGAGGUGAUGCUUACUCUUUUAACGCGCUUGGAGUUGGGUGAAGUACAAUACUUGCGUCUACUCCCACAGCUAAAUGCAACUUGUACUUUGAAUUUCCAUAAGACCACUCCAACAUUGCUUGCUGACAAGGAUAGUGUCGUCUCAGCAAUUCUAAAGAAGUCUGAGAUUAAACAAGGGCAAUAUGUGUUUGACAUUCCUACUGUAGCAAACAGCAUUGGGGCUACAGCUACUGAUGUAUCAAAUCAGUUGCUGAAUUUAAAGUUGAUGGGAGAAAUAACAUACGAAUUGAAGGAUCCUGCCUAUUUUUAUACAAUUGUGGAGCUCCCUAGUGAAUUUUGUACUCUUUCAGCACAUCUUACAAAAUGGUUAUCAGAGGUCGAAAUUUGCAAGGUAACCAAAUUGGACACAAUGUUCAAUGCUGCAGUUUUUGCUGUGAACAUGUGUGAGAAGGCACAUGGCUGCUAUGGUUCACAACAUACCCCUUGCUUGCAAAAGAAGAUUUUGGAUUACUUUAAGGGAGAUGGUGACUGUAAUGUCCCUGAUAAGAUUGGUCAGAGCAGCCCAUUUCUACGAGCAGAUAUAAAGGUGUUUCUGCAGAGUAACUCACAUACGAAAUUUACCCCUAGAGCUGUUGCAAGGAUAAUGCAUGGCAUUGCAAGUCCAGCAUACCCUUCUACAACUUGGUCUAAAACUCAUUUCUGGGGAAGAUAUAUGCAAAUAGAAUUCCAAGCCGUAACGGAAGCAGCAAAGACAGAGCUCUUGAAUUUUGUUGGGAAGAAUGUGCCUUAGCUGCUUAGAAUCAUGUGUAAUAUCCUACAACAAUUGAAUUGGAGGGCCCUUUGAAGGUAAUAAAUAUUAGUGUAAUUUUUCUUAUCAGAAAUAUAA